AUGCCUGGCAAACCAGGAACUCCAGGACGACCACCACAGGCGCCAUGUGAGCCAAUUACGCCGCCUCCAUGCCCGCCGUGCCCUCCAGGACUUCCCGGACCACCCGGGCCACCAGGCCCACCAGGAAAUCCCGGUCCCGUGGGAGAUCCAGGAGCUCCUGGGGAUACUGGUGAAGUAGGACCUCCUGGUGAAAAAGGCCCACCAGGAAUGCCUGGUCUCAUGGGACGACCA